CCUUAGAUCUUAUUGACAGAACGUUUUGACACGUUUUCGUCAAAAUUUUUCGUUAAUUUAUUUAGAACAAUUUUCAAAAUUUUUGAUGAUUUUUCAGCAAUGGAGAAAAUAGCUACUGAAAACCUAUUUUUAUUGGAAUUUCUCGUUGAUACCGUCAAUAUAGAUCCGAAAUGCGACUGCGACGCUCCACCAGGUGAAACUUGUGUAUCAUUCCAAUUUCUGGACAAUGCCCCGCUGGAUGUCUGCGAGCAGGACUUUUGCCCAAAGACAAACCUGAAAAUGGCGGAAAACGAGGUGGUGAAAAGUGGGAAAAGCUGUUUGUUUUCUUUGAGUCCCGAACAAGCGACGGCCGCCCUUGAACAAUUCGACAUAUGCGUUUCUGUUAUGAAAAAAAUGCAACCGGGAUGGUUACCUGAGAGAGUAGAAAUUGGUUCAUCGGUUAUAGCAGCUGCAAAUCUCUUUAACGAACUAAUCAACAGCGUAGAACUAUCGGAUGGAAGUUCACCAACAGCUAAAACCCUAAAAGAUGUCUUUGACAUUAAUGACGGUCAGGGACUUCUAAUUGGGAAAAUCAGCGUCUACAUACGAAUGUCUUGCUUUGGAAAACUGAUCGUAACCCAGUUCCAGAUGAACUUAGAUGACAAAAGUGUCCUUUUUAAAGACAAAGAUGGAAAAAGCUUAUACCGAUACAAAAAAGCCGGCAAAAGAAAAGAAGGGAAGGCACAGUCGGAUUAUGGAUCUGCAGGGUAUAACAGCAAAUGUCCAGAGGUUCCCUGUGGCUCACCCGGAUCAGCAGGAGGUGUCCAGCCUGGUAUGAGUGGUGGAGCAGGGAUAGGUAAUCCUAACUGUCCAUUCGCACCUUGUGGUAACGUCAAUAUACCUUCAAGUGGACCAUCUAUGGGAAAUCAGGGAACGGGUCUUAGCCCUUAUCCUGGAGGUCUUGGAAUUCAAACUAUGAUGACCCCGUGUAAUGAAUGCGGUUUUGUGCCAAAUCCCGCCUGUUUACCACCAAUGAGCAUGGGUAUGUCCAGUCCUAAUAUGGGUAGUUACUCACCAGAUUACAGAAGCACACCACCCCAAGCCCCCGAUGGAAAUUAUCAAGAAAUCGGCGCAAGUAUGGGCGGAAAUUCACUGACUAUCAGAGUACACAAGGAAAAGGGCAAAUUGGAGCAAUACGAUCCGAACAACGACGACUGCACUUGCGGGGGAGAAACCGGAGCAAUUGUGCCCGCGGGAUCAAAGAGUAAUCAACAAGCAUUUUCAAUGCGUCCAGGUGUUGCACCCAACAGUCCAUUUUCGUUUAGGAUGGGCCAGGGUGGUGAUGCACCCUAUGGUGGUGCUGGUAAUAAUGUAAUUGUCAACCCACCUGUGUGUACGGCUGCCGAUGGAACCCAGUUUACCGAAUUUUCCGAUCCUAACAAGGAAACUUUCAUUCUGAGGAUCGGAAAGAAAAGCGAGGGUGUUGAUAAGAAGAAUAACUUGGAAUUGGAACUCCAGACACCUAAAGGCCCUCCUCUCAAGCCCAUUCCAAAGAAAGAAACUGUGGAGACCCAGUAUGACCCAUUAGACGCAGGACCAGACGAUACAGGUUCCAAAAAGGGUAAGGGGAAAGGAGGUAAGGGUGGCAAAGGUGGCAAGAAAGGAAAAGGCAAAAAAUAAACAUCCCAUAUAACACUAUGCCUCUUCAUGAUACAUUUGUAAGCUUAAUAAAGUAAUAACAAUAUCGUCAUAA